AUGCUUCUCUCUACCAGAGUCCAGAUAGACCCAAACCAGGACCAGGAGCUUCAGGACCAGCAGCUUCACAACCAGAACCAGCGGCUUCGGAACCAGAAGCUCUGUGACCAGAAGCCUCAGGACCAGAACCCGCAGAACCAGGAGCAUCAGAACCUGCAGAACCAGGAGCUUCGGGACCAGAAUCUGCAGAAUCAGGAGCCUCAGAACCUGCAGAACCAGGAGCUUGAAGCUAUCCGAGCAGAGCUGAAGCAGCUCCGGACUCUGGUUCAGCAGCUGGUUCAGAACAGGACUGAGUCAGUUAACGACAAUAAACAGGCCCCGCCCCCUCAGCUGUUGAUGAUUUCCGGUUCCGGGUUCUUCUCCAGCAGCCUCAGAGCAGAGGGAGGAAAGAUGGCGGCGGCUCAGUCCGACAGAGAUCAACCGUCCGCUUUAUGUUCGGAGUUUCUGAAUUUCUCCGCCAAAGACACCGCGUCGCGGUGGCUGGUGGCCUCAGACCUGCAGCAGGAAGUGUACCGCCACCUGGCCGUGUAUGUACCCAGAAUCCUUUGCCUGGGUCCUAGUGGGUGCAGCAGCAGGGAGGAGCAGAGGGAGGAGCAGAGGGAGGAUCUGGCCUGUCAGCUACUCCUCCUGGCUCCUCUGGAGUGGCUCCUGCUGGGGGAGGAGCCGGCCGCCGGCCUGGCCCUCCUGCAGGAGAAGAACCAGCCGUCACCGCUAUGUGGACACGUGUUCAAGGUGGGAGAGCCCACCUACUCCUGCAGGUAACUCUCACACACUCACACGCAGGUAACUCUCUC